AUGUGUGGUAUCUUUGCUGCUUUCAGGCACACAGACGUGCAGGAAUAUAGGCCUCAUGCCUUGCAACUUUCCAAGAGAAUUAGACAUCGUGGUCCUGAUUGGUCUGGUAACGUUGUUAAGAAUUCUACCAUCCUGGUUCAUGAAAGAUUGGCUAUUGUCGGGUUAGAAUCAGGUUCUCAACCUAUCAAGAGUCCUUGCGGCAACUACACACUAUGUGUUAACGGUGAAAUCUACAACCAUAUUCAAUUGAGAGAAGAAUGUUCCGAUUAUCCAUUCCAAAGUUUGAGUGAUUGUGAACCAAUUAUUCCACUAUAUUUGAAAUACGGUCUUGAUGCACCAAAGAAAUUAGACGGUAUGUUUGCAUGGUGUCUCUAUGAUUCCAAGGAAGAUCGUAUUGUGGCCGCUAGAGACCCAAUCGGUAUAACAACGCUUUACAUGGGUAAGUCGAGCAAGAGUCCUAAAACGAGAUUUUUCGCAUCUGAGUUAAAGUGUUUGAUCGAUGACUGCGAUGAAAUUGUUGCAUUCCCUCCAGGCCACGUCUACGACUCAAAGUCUGACCAAAUUACUCGUUAUUUCAACCCACAAUGGUUGGAUGAAUCCUACAUGCCAUCUACUCCUCUUGAUUACAAGGUCUUGAGACAUAGUUUGGAGAAAUCCGUUAGAAAGAGACUAAUGGCUGAAGUUCCAUAUGGUGUCCUUCUAUCUGGUGGAUUAGAUUCUUCAUUAAUUGCAUCCAUUGCAGCUCGUGAAACUGAACGUGCCAAUGAAGAACUAGACCCUGUUAACUAUGAUUCUGAAGAAAAACAUCUAGCAGGUAUUGAUGCUCAAGGUAAUUUGCACACAGGUGGUUGGUCACGUCUACAUUCAUUUGCCAUUGGUCUUCCAGGUGCUCCUGAUCUAUUGGCGGCUCGUAAGGUCGCUAAAUUCAUCGGUUCAUUGCACCAUGAACACACUUUCACUUUACAAGAAGGUUUAGAUGCCUUGGACGAUGUCAUUUACCAUUUGGAAACUUACGAUGUGACUACUAUUAGAGCAUCAACUCCAAUGUUUUUACUAUCAAGAAAGAUUAAGGCCCAAGGUGUUAAAAUGGUUCUAUCCGGUGAAGGUUCUGAUGAAAUCUUUGGUGGUUAUCUAUAUUUUGCCCAAGCUCCAUCUGCUAAGGAAUUUCAAGCUGAAUGUGCGUCCCGUGUUAAGAACUUGCAUUUAGCUGAUUGUCUAAGAGCAAACAAGUCUACUAUGGCUUGGGGAUUAGAAGCUAGAGUUCCAUUCUUGGAUCGUGAUUUCUUGAACCUCUGUAUGGAAUUGGACCCUAAUGAAAAAAUGAUUAAGCCAGAAGAAGGCCGUAUCGAGAAAUACAUCCUACGUAAGGCCUUUGAUACAACGGAUGAACCUAAUGUUAAACCUUAUUUACCAGAAGAUAUUCUUUGGAGACAAAAGGAACAAUUUUCUGACGGUGUCGGUUACUCUUGGAUCGAUGGUCUAAAGGAUGCUGCUGAAGAAGCAAUUUCUGACGAAAUGUUGGCGACUCCACGUCCAGAAUGGGGUGAUGAUCAACCAACUACCAAAGAAGCUUAUUGGUACCGUCUCAAGUUUGAUAAAUUCUUCCCAAAGAGUGCCGCUAAUACCGUGAUGCGUUGGAUCCCUAAGGCUGACUGGGGCUGUCACGGUGAUCCUUCUGGUCGUUUUGCCAAGAUUCACGAACAACACAUCGACAAUUAG